UUUCUUGCUUCCUGAGAUUCCUUUAUCCAUUAGCACACUUCGGAGCUAUAUUCUUGUUUCUAAGACUGUUUUAGGUUGUUCAUUUGGAGUACUUUCUUUCUCUACUAUCCUUCUAGCUGUUUCCAUCUCUAUAUCGUUUCGUGUUUGUAGAGAUAGAUUGUUUGUCUGUUUACUUUUCAGAAUUAGUUCUCGAAUUACGAUUUCAGCUUCUACGUUAAUUGUCUUUUGGAAUUUAUACCGCUAUGCUCUGAACUGGAAUAUGUUGCGGUGGCUUAUCGGCUAAGCAGUCGAAGAAUUUGAAUUCUGAUGAAUUUUCUUAGAUGUUCCAAGAGUCGGUGAAGUGAUCUUGUUGUUGCAGCCUUUAAGAGAGGGGCGUUAUCUUCAGUAUAAUGUUACAGUGGAUGGGAGGAUCGAGGAAGAAAGUGAAUACUUCAAGAAAAUCAACACAGAAAAGGCAAAAACAAUACUUUGAACAACGGAAGAGACAGCAACAGACUGCUGGGUUAGAGAACUAUGCUGAUGGAACAAUCAAAUGCAGCCAAUGGCAUGAAAAACCUCGAUCACUGGAUGUCCUCAGUUUGCUGAACUUGGCAACAGUUGCUGAAGAACACAGUUCAGAUUCCAAUGCAAGGGGAAAUCCAGAAAUAAAUGCUUCAUCAGUUAUCCACUCUAUUUCAAAAUGUCCAUCAUCAAGCCUUACAGAAAAGGUCAUUUGUGGAGAUUCUGUCAAUUUGAAAGAAGCAUUAACUGUAUCAUCUGGACAUCAGAUUGAGACUGUAUCCCAGGAGAAGGGUUUCUCCAACAGUCCCGAUAAUUUGCCACCUUCUUGUAACUAUUCUUCCAAAGGAAAUGGUGACAAAAGGAGUCACUGGAAGACAGAUUCUGAACACCAGUUAUCUGUUCUUGAUUUAGUUGGUGGUGGUGAACCAAAUAGUGAUUCAGAAGAAAGUGUAGUACAUGAAGCUCAUGUUGCAUUUUCUGUGCAAGGUUUAGGUAAAGUGGGGAUAGAAACACCAUUUCAUUCACCAAGCCAACCUGGCAGAAUCUUCUCCAGCAGUUGUUCUUCACCAUCAAAUGCUGUAAGGCAAUUUCACUCAUACGAGGACCUUAUAUACGUCAUGGAUGAUCUUGAGCAUGAGCUGGAUGCCAAGUUACAUGAUAUUAAUUUACCACUUGCCAGGAGUGUUUUUGAGAGUCCUUUCAUUUCAAGUAGCACAAUGGAUUGGUCUGGAAAUCCAAAUAGCACAAAAUGUACUGCAAAUGAUUGCAUGAAAUUUGAUAUCUGUGAUACUCAAACAGAUAACUUUUUGGAUGAGGAACAGUAUUUCUACAACAAUAUGGAUAAGAAAAAUUGGAAGACUUGGAAUGCUAGAUCUAGCUUCCUUAAUGACAACUUUCUUGACGGGGGAAGCUAUGAUGUUGCAUGGAACAGCCGAUCAUACCAGGGUGGUGAUUCUCCUAGGUUUUUGAGAGCUGAAAAACAUGAAGCAUCUGAAUCUGCUUUUCAAGGCUCUUAUUUACCAAAUAAAAGGGAUGCAGACAAAGUACCCAGAAGAUACAACAUUUUAGAAUCAACUGCUCCAUACUGCAAGCACCCAACACCAAAAAAAUAUGGCUUCAUAACUUCAGAUGGGAAAAGGUAUCCUUCUGUGGGUGGGAGUUGGGGUUUUCAUAGUGUUCUUGAUCAACCAAGUUGGUCUUAUCUUUCAAAAGAAGAUGCAACAGAUGGCAUGAGCUUGUUGAGUGAAGAGUCAUGCUCCUCCAGUGCAGUGAAGGGAGAGAAACCCAUUAAUUCAGUAUCAAACGUGAUGAAAUUGAAACAAAGCAUGAGAAGAAACGAAAAUGAGGUGCACAUUAGUUCAGAAAACAACUGUGGUAUGAAGAAUAUAUAUAAAGAAACAAAGUGCAAAGACAUGGAUGAAACUCACGGAAGGAAAACCUUGAAUGGGUCAGGAAAGUAUAGAAAGGUGCAUGAUCAGUUGAAGUCCAAUUCGAUUCAUUACACAGGAGAGCCUUACACUCUCCAGAAAAGUUUAGAAUUGCAGCACUGCCACUUGUUUAAGGAGGAAGGUUCAAUUGACAUAGGUUCAGGACUGGGUUCUUUCAGUAAAACUUCUGCAGAAGAUGAAGAUCUCUGUGCUAAACUCUCAAUUCCCAAAUUAUAUCCCAACAUACAAUCACCUAGUAAGAGAUCAAAGUGUAAUUUUCCUGUUGAGUUUGGGCCUUCUGUCAGCUUCAUCUCUGGAAAGACUGCUUUCUUGCAGCCACCUAGUCCUGCACGUUAUCAUGACUUCCCCACUUGCUUAAACACAGCAUCUGGGUCAAGCAAGCCAGAUAUCUGUCUUGAAAUGGAAGACAAGCCUCCAUGUUCAUCUUGUGUUGCUGACUCUGAAGGGGAGUUGGUAUUUUCUGAUUUAUCCAGGCAGGAACAUCUUGACAAAGAUGAAAAUAAACCGGAGUUUCAGAAAAAUGACUACCUGAAGUUUAUGAAGAAGCAACAGACAGAAAUUUCUGCUGCAGAUGGCGACUUACCCUCACGAAGUGGAAGGACAAAGGAUGCUACAGAUUCGAAGGAUAACUGCAGUGAAUGCAAGGGGUCAAAAGCUGAAGCUCCUGAGCUAAAUGAGAGGCCAAAGACAAAAAGUCAUAUUGAACAUGUAGAAGAUAUAUCUUCAACUGUGAUGGAGAUGUCUGGCAAGCUUGAGAAUGGUGUAAAUGAUGACAAAUAUGGAUUUGAUGCUCAAAUUCAUCAUCCAUCUCAAAGUGAGAGUGAAGGGAAAGAAGACUCUGGAUCCAAGAGGAGAAACAUUAAUAGUAAUGGACUGAAUAAUAACAUUGACCCAUCUUACGAGGUAAUGAUUCAAACUUAUGUUCUUCAGCUUCUGUGCGUGCAGAAGGUGCUGAAGGAAGCAUCUCAGGACACUAUGAAGAAAGUGUGAUGCUUGUCUCAUGCCUUUAGUUUUUAGAUAAAGAGAGUUUAGAAUUUUUAUGGACACUAGAUAAUGAAAUACGUACUUUAACUGCCAAGUACGAAUGACAUUUGAAUCCGAGUUAUACAUUGCCCAUA